AUGCCAGUCAUUCCGGCGGAUCAUCAUGGCGAACAUUUACAAAACCUUUCAGAAGCUGAAUGGGAAGGUGGAGAGCAAGCGUUACCAUCGGAUUUCCUGAAUCUGUUGAGAGAUGAUGACCGUAUUCAAGUGUUUGCUGCUCCAGAAAAGGCCGCUGAUUAUCAAAUGAAACUUGAGGAGCGACGACGACAAAGACGUCUUGCAAAGCUUAGUAGGAAAAUGGAAGCAGCCAUGGCAAAAGGACCUAGACCAAUAGAGUCAUUCGGAGAAUUAGUGGAUGAAAUCACAAAAAUGCUGAAUGAAGACAAACAACAAAAUUGCGGCGUAAAGGUUCAUAUAUCAGUGAAAGUUAUUGGACCAAAUGGUAAGCAGUAUGCGGCGACUACAGUAAGCACAGCAAAAUGA